AUGUUGGGCACAUCACUGACUGCCUUGGUCUUCAUCCGCACAUGUAUCUUCGCGCUGCGGUCCGUCGCCCCAAUCGCGAUCGCGUGCACCGCGGCGUCGGUACUGGCGCGUCGACACUUCUUCCCAUGGCCGCUGGAGUUAUACUUCGCCACCGAAACGGCGUUCUAUGCCUGCUGGUACCUGCCGUGGAAGCGGAGACUCGAACGGCCCGCUGUGCACCCGCCCGCACGCCCGCCCGCCGAGCGGAGGAAGCUGUUCACGAAGUGCCACAAUACCGUCGACUCGCUGGAGGCGUACCUGUCUGGGUGGUUCCACGGGGCGGACCCGGCGACGAUCCACAGAGAGAACUUGGCGCAGUUCCUGACGUGGGCGUUUCUGGACCGUGAUACGCUACCUGUCGAGGGCUCGGAGGAGGCCAGGGAGCUGAAGGAUUAUGUCGGGGAGUUCGAGACCAGCUUGGGACGGAAGCUGCCGGAAGGGUUCAAUGAGGGCGUCAGGAGCUUGAGGCUUACGCUGGAUCCCGUCAAGAUGACACAUCGGAGUCUGCUGUGGUACUUUAUGGUCCACGUCGUAGACGUCCUUACGUCCACGCGCCUGGCGUUCCGCGGCAUGAGGUUGUACGCCACACCCGGUUGGUUCAAUGUGUUUCCUGGUCGCUGGCACGCAUGGCUUGUCUCGGCGGGCGUCAGCUCCCCAUCAAAGGACUUUUCGUACUGGUACCGUCCGCAUACAGCUACCGAUAAGCUGCCCGUGGUGUUUCUGCACGGACUCGGGAUAGGGCUGUAUCCAUACGUUCCGUUUCUGUCCGAGAUCGCGGAUGAGGUUGGAGAGGAAGUUGGGAUCAUUGCGGUAGAGAUUAUGCCGAUAUCUAUGCGCAUCUGCGGCGACCCACUCGAGCCGUCCGAAUUCUCGUCCCAGAUCCUCUCGAUCCUCAACCACCACGGCAUCACCGAUUUCGUUCUCGUCGGCCACAGCUACGGCACCAUCCUCUCCACGCACCUUUUGCACUCGCCCACCAUCGGCCCCCGGAUAUCCUCCGUCCUCUUGAUCGACCCGAUCGCCUUCCUCCUGCACCACCCAAGCGUCGCCUACAACUUUACCAGUCGCCCGCCCCGCUCCGCCAACGAGCGCCAGCUGAACUAUUUCGCGUCGCUAGACCCCGGCAUCGCUCACACCAUCUGUCGCCACUUCUUUUGGGGGCAGAAUAUUCUCUGGCGCGAAGAGCUUGCGGGGAGGAAGUGUGCUGUUGCCAUGGGAGGUAGGGAUCUGUUGGUUGAUAGCAGGAGCAUUUGGGAAUACCUGACGGGACACAAGGGGCAGGAGGUGGUGGAGGAGACGACGGUAGAUGUAAAAGAGGAUGGCAAGGCGGAUGGUGGCAACGGACAGCUGAAGGUGAUGUGGUAUAAGGAUUGUGAUCACGCACAGGUGUUUGACACUGCGCUGAGGAGAAGGAGACUGGUGGAGACUGUGGCGAGGUUUUCGAAGGAUGUGAGAGCUUGA